CGCUCGGCGCGGGGUGAUGACGUCAGCGGAGAGCGCCGGGCGGCGGCGCCGGGAUGCACCGGCGGGGAGUGGGCGCGGGCGCUAUCGCCAAGAAGAAACUCGCGGAGGCCAAGUACAAGGAGCGCGGCACGGUGCUGGCCGAGGACCAGCUGGCACAGAUGUCCAAGCAGCUGGACAUGUUUAAGACCAACUUAGAAGAGUUUGCCAGCAAACACAAGCAAGAGAUCCGUAAAAACCCCGAGUUCCGGGUGCAGUUCCAGGACAUGUGCGCGACCAUCGGCGUGGAUCCCUUGGCAUCUGGGAAAGGAUUCUGGUCAGAGAUGCUGGGAGUCGGAGACUUUUACUACGAGCUGGGGGUUCAGAUUGUUGAGGUUUGCCUGGCUCUGAAGCACAGGAAUGGAGGGCUGAUAAUGCUGGAAGAACUUCACCAGCAGGUGCUGAAGGGCCGGGGGAAGUUUGCUCAGGACGUCAGCCAGGAUGAUCUCCUGCGGGCCAUCAAGAAACUGAAGGUCUUGGGGAGUGGCUUUGGGAUCAUCCCUGUCGGGGGAACGUACCUGAUCCAGUCUGUACCCGCCGAACUGAACAUGGAUCACACUGUCGUCCUGCAGCUGGCAGAGAAAAAGGGCUACGUAACGGUCAGCGAGAUCAGGUCCAGCCUGAAGUGGGAGACGGAACGUGCAAAGCAAGUGCUGGAACACUUGCUGAAGGAGGGAAUGGCCUGGCUGGACACGCAGGCAGAAGGAGAAGCUCAGUACUGGCUGCCCGCGCUCUUCACGGAGCUGUACGCCCAGGAAAUCACUCCGGAGGAGGCCAAGGAGGCGAUUCCGUGACUGCUCUGUGCUGUGCCCCUACAGCCCUGCCUGCGAGGGUAUUUGCGCAUCAGCUGCAACAGGGACAGCGGACUUGAAAUAAACCUUUUGUAAAAAGUG